UUAAUGUCAAUUAAUUGCAUAAAGUUAAAUAAUUUUAACUUCUUACUUCGCUUGGAAAAAAUUGUUAAAUAAAAUUAAAGAGUUUUUCAAAAUUUCUUCGGAAUGCCCAGGGACUCAUCGCCAGAACCGCAGCCGUCUUGUUCCAAUCGAAUGAAGGAAAGUGACGUGUGCAAAGACUUACUUAUUGAAAACCGAUCUGUGGAGCCAUUGGAAUUAUUGGUAGAAAAUGAGAAUGAUGAAAUAGAACGUCUACAGUUACCAAACGAUGUUGUAAGUGAAACGAAAAAACCGGCUGAGGAGGAUGAACGUGUUGCUAAAAUUGAUUUUCGUUGCUAUAAUUGCGGUAUGCGUGAAAUGGUUCAUUAUUUUGGCAAAACACCAGCUUUUGUCAGAGGUUUGGAGUUCCGCGAAUCUACAUACGUAUUAAGGGAUCCUUUUCAACCGCCACCACCAUACCGUAAAUCGAAACCUGAAUACUUCGUAGCCAUUGGAUCGCAUUGUUGCGGUUGCCAUAAAACGGUUUGCAAAGAUAAUGAAUGCAGUUUUUUUUAUGUCAACACAUACUGUUUACCAUGCGCCCGACAACAAAUGCCCAAUUUCCCAUUGGAAAUUCAGCAAAAAUUACAUAAACAAUAAAAAAAAGCAUUCAUUGACUUACAAUAGGAAAGUAAA